AUGGCUGACCUGAAACUGACGAAGAUCGUCAAGUCAUAUGGCGAUGUCGAGGUGCUGCACGGCAUCGAUCUGGAAAUCGAGAGCGGCGAGUUCGUCGUCUUUGUCGGCCCGUCGGGUUGCGGCAAGUCGACCCUUUUGCGCACCAUCGCCGGGCUCGAGCGGAUCACGGCCGGCACGAUGGAAAUCGACGGGCGCGUCGUCAACAACAUCCCGCCGUCCGAGCGGGGCAUCGCCAUGGUGUUCCAGACCUAUGCGCUUUACCCGCACAUGACCGUCUACGACAACAUGGCGUUCGGCAUGCGGCUGGCCAAGAAGUCCAAGCAGGAGAUCGAGGAUCGCGUCAGGAACGCCGCCGACAUCCUGCAGCUCGGACCCUACCUUGACCGGCUGCCCAAGGCGCUGUCGGGCGGCCAGCGCCAGCGGGUCGCCAUUGGCCGCGCCAUCUGCCGCGACCCCAAGGUGUUCCUGUUCGACGAGCCUUUGUCGAACCUCGAUGCCGCGCUGCGCGUUGCCACCCGCAUCGAGAUCGCCAAGCUGAACGAAACCAUGCCCGACACGACGAUGAUCUACGUCACCCACGACCAGGUCGAGGCGAUGACGCUGGCCGACCGGAUCGUCGUCCUGCGGGGCGGCUAUGUCGAACAGGUCGGCGCGCCGAUGGACCUCUACCACAAGCCCGCCAACCUGUUCGUCGCGCAGUUCAUCGGUUCGCCGGCGAUGAACAUUCUCGAUGGCUCGGUCGCUUCGGCUUCGAGCGGCAAGAUCGCCGUCGACGUCGAAAGCGGCGGCAAGGCGACGGUGCCGAUCGCCGGAGCGGGCGCCAAGGCCGGCGAUGCCGUCAAGCUCGGUGUCCGGCCCGAGGAUCUGCGCAUCGCCGGAAAGGGUGAAACGCCGAUCGUCAACGGCACGAUCGACAUUGUCGAGGCGCUUGGCGAAGUCACGCUGCUUUAUGUGCAGGUCGAGGGUCACGAGGAAGCCGUGCUGGCCAAGCUGCCCGGCUACCAUCAGGUCGAGCGCGGAACCGCCAUUUCCCUGACCGCCGAUGCCGAACAGCUCCAUUUGUUCGACUCCGACGGCCAGUCCAUGGCGCGCAAGGCCGAGGCCAAGGAAGCGGCCUGA